AUGUUAUUUGCAGGGUGGGCUGGGGAGCUCUUUGCGUUGGUAUCUGGCGGCGGCGCCUACUACUUCGCCAAAAAGUCUAUCAAUGCGGACCGCGCCUCCCGAUUUGAAACCGAGAUGAAGAAGAAGGCGCAACUCGCCGCCAUCGAGGCGGAGGACCGUCGAAACCGACCCGAAUCCUCGGGUUCCGUCCGAGCGAACAUGGCCCGCUAUCAGAGUGCAACUGAUGAUGUUGCUUCGCCAAGUGAGGAAGCAGGGCAUGAUCCGGCGCCGACCCGCCAUGAGCCUAUGACGGAAAUCGACAGGGUAGUGGAGAAAGGCAAAUAUGAGGCUGCUCAGCCAUUCCGACCUCCGAAAGGCAAUCGACUCAGCUGA